AGUUAAUUUAGUGGUCGUAUUCCGUGCUGCAGUUGACUGGGCGCUCCACGCUCGCUCUGACGUACGCUCCGUACGCUCGCUCGCCGGCCCCGCUACCGAAUACGUUUCCGUACAACUAAAUAAUUCACAAAUUGCAGCUCCCGCGUAGCCUUGCGAUUCUCGAGCAUCCAGUCGGGCAGGCUUCAUGAGUCAAUUUUGCAACGCGACUUUAUUAACACGCCGUUUGUUUUUGGCAGUUUUCAAUAUUCAAAAUUUGACUGUCUAAUUUAUUUUUAAUUAACUUUUCAAAUUAUGGUUUGAUUUACGUGUCUGUGGGAGAAAUGUUGUCCAUGGAAUCGUUGUGGUCUGGUUCUGAGGGAGAGUUGUCAUCUUUGAGGCUCUGUAAAACCGCCUUGGAAAGGUCGGAAUACCGGCAAUGUAGACGGAAGCCUUCGAAGAGCCUAAUCCCCCAAGGAUUGCUUCACGCCUUGCCCGAGCCACAGCCUAAAUCUCACAGGCGUCGCAGAUCUGGCACAUGGCCGAGGACCAGAUCCUUAAACGCCCCAUCGCCUAUUCAGCAGUUUGGACCAUGCGGCAGAAUAAUGAAGAAUUCGGCCAUGGUCAUGCAAAUCCAGGACCCGGCGUCGCAGCGGUUGACUUGGUACAAGCCCCCGCUAACGGUGCUGGUCAUCAAGAAGGUGCACGACGCCACAAUCCUAACACCCUUCGUGCAACUCGUUCACUGGCUCGUGCAAGACAAAAGUAUGGUCGUGUUUGUAGAAGCGGCGGUGCUGGAUGACGUCCUACUGAAAGAGUAUGAAAGUUUCGUGGUAGUAAGGGAGAGGCUUAUGACGUUUCGCGCCGGUACAGACGAUCUCACCGACAAGAUCGACUUCAUCAUCUGUCUGGGCGGUGACGGCACCUUGUUGCACGCCAGUUCACUAUUCCAGCAAUCAGUCCCUCCAGUAAUGGCAUUCCAUUUAGGUUCAUUGGGUUUCCUCACACCAUUCGAGUUCAAUAACUUCCAGGACCAAGUCAUGAACGUUUUAGAAGGUCAUGCAGCGUUGACGUUAAGGUCUAGAUUACAAUGCGUAGUAUUAAGAAAAAGCAACGACAACGGCAAAGACAAGAAGAAGCCAACUACCAUACUGGUGCUCAAUGAAGUGGUAGUGGAUCGGGGGCCUUCACCGUACCUAUCGAAUAUAGACUUGUUCCUAGACGGGAAGCACAUUACAUCGGUUCAAGGCGACGGUUUGAUAGUGUCAACGCCGACGGGCAGUACGGCGUACGCGGUGGCGGCGGGCGCGAGCAUGAUCCACCCGUCCGUGCCCGCCGUGAUGGUGACGCCCAUCUGUCCGCACUCGCUCUCCUUCCGGCCCAUCGUGGUGCCCGCCGGUGUCGAGCUGAAGAUUGCACUGUCGCCGGACGCCAGAAAUGCAAUGUGGGUGUCAUUCGACGGCAGGAACCGGCAAGCGCUCCAACAUGGCGAUAGUUUAUACGUCACAACGUCAGUAUAUCCGGUGCCGUCGAUCUGCGCACAGGACCAAAUCUCCGACUGGUUCGACUCUUUGGCUGAAUGCCUGCACUGGAACGUGCGUAAGAAACAGAAGCAUAUGGACGAGCUCAGCGACCACACGCACUCUUCCAACGACAAUCUAGAGGAAUUAGAUACCAACCACCAUGACGACAGACCAGCGGACACGUGACGUGGCGUACGAUAUAUACUUUUAUUUAUAAAUGUGACGUACGCUUUUGGUUUUCGUAAUUAUAUGAUUAUAUUUUUA